AUGCAAGAAAAACAAAAGAAAAAGCCCACCUCCCAUUCCCCCAGCGCGCCUCCUCGCCGCCGGGCGCCGCCCCCUCCAGAGCGCUCCUCCUCGCCGCCGGGCGCCGCCCCCUCCAGAGCGCGCCUCCUCGCCGCCGGGCGCCGCUCCUCCUGCGCGCGCCUCCUCGCCAUCGGGCACCGCCCCCUCCUCGCGCGCCUUUUCUCCGCCAGACGCCGACCCCACCCUGCUGUCGGGCGUCAGCCGUCGGGAUCCAGCGCCCAACACCACCGUCUCCAUGUGUUGUCCUGCUGUUUCGCGCGGGAGGUGUUGGCCUCCUGCACCCGCCGGAUCCGGCCAUCCCCUUCCGUUCACCUCCGCCGCCCGAGGCCGUUCACCACCGCCACCAGUUCCCGUCCAACACCGGCCCCUCAAUCCGCGCGUCAACGACGCCCCUGUCAACCCACGCGAAGCUUCAAAAGAGGAGGCCCGCUUGCCCGCCUCAUGGCCCAUAAGUGGGCUGGAACCAAUGCUUCGCUGAAGCAAUUUCACGGGCCCAGGCGCAAAAUUAGCACCCCCGGGAAGCCCAGCCACGUUGAGACUUCUGGCCCAGCUGACCUAUGAAACGAUUUUUAAUGGACUGUGUGGAUUUUCUUAUAAAUAGUACCACCUCGCUUAUAUAUCUUAAAUAUAAAAAAUCAUCUAAGCGGGACGAAACUAAGAAUAUCACCUUGCUUUAAUAGUAGGUAUAGAUAUAGAUAUAGAUAUAGAUUUGGACCUUUGCCUCGUCAGUACAACAACACACUCCAUAGUCGGUCACGAGAAAAGCUGCGUGCAGGCCACCCAGUGCUCCGUCCUUGAUCCGGCUCAGUUAUCUCCCUCUCAUCCUCUCUCUGCUGUGUGUGU